CCGGGGCAAGCGCCCCUCUGCCCCGCCCUAUGGGCCGGCCCUGCUUCGCUGCUCUGCUUUCCAGUGACCUUACCGAUGGAGUUCUCCAGGCGCGGUCCAGCCACCGCCGCCGCUGCCGCCGCCGACGGCAACCGUUUUCCCGAACCUCCGCCGCACCCGCACGGUGAGCAAGAGCCCACGCUGGCGACGAGGGAUGCGCUGCUCUCGCAGCUUCACAUGGCCCGCCUUCGCCAGGAAAUCAUCGAGGCGGAGCUGGCGGAGACAGAGCGUGCACUGGCCCUGUGCACCGCCUCGGCCAGUUGCCACCAGACAACGCCGAUGCCAAUGCCAUGGCAUGGCGUGGCCACCGCGGAUGCUUGGCGGUCGAACCCGUGGCUUUUCAGCGCCGAGCAGGAGCAGCCCAUGGCUGGUCAGAAUGCAGAAUUGAAGGAGCGUAAACUGCCGGACUCCCAUGGAACCCGAUGGAUGGAGUUCUCUCGCCGAAACCCGGCUUCCACCGGCGGCUGCCGCUUCCCCGACCCUCCGUCGCAAGGAGAGCAGGACCCGAUGCUGGCUGCGAGGGAUGCGCUACUUUCGCAGCUCCACAUGGACCGCCGUCACCAGGAGAUCAACAAAGAAGAGCUGGCCAAGAUAGAGCGUGUCAUGUUCCUGCAUGCCACUACGGCUUGUGGCCACAAGACAACUCCGAUGCCAUGGCACGGUGUGGUCACCGCAGAUCAUGGACGGUCGAAGCCGUGGCUGUUCAGCGCCGAUCAGCCUGUGAAUCAGCGGAAUGCAGAGUUUGAUGAGUGCAAACUGCCGGACUCCAUUAAGGCUGUUCCACCGAGUAAGACGCCGCCUACGGAGAAGUGGGAACUAGCAGGCAUAACAAUACAAGUUGACUAACGGAGAAGCCAAAACCGCCCACGGUCUGCCAAGUGCAAGCAACCAGUGGGCAUAACCUACAACAGCAGUAUGCUGGGCAGAAGCAUUUGUCAAAUGUGGCAGCAGUUGACCCAACAAUUAAGGCAAGUGACCAAAAGGCGAAACGGCAGCAAAACCUUCUCUCAGUAUAGAGGAGAAGAAAACAUCAUCAGUAAAAUGGAGCUGCAGUACCUGCCAGGCCAAUGGCACAGCACAAUCGACCUUGGAUGCGCACCUCAAAGGCAAAAAACAUCAAGAGAACAUUGCAACAACAUGUGUAGAAGACGAUAGGUAUGGCAUGUCGAAGAACGUCAUGCUACAGGAAGCAAAAUCGCAUAGUAUCAACGUGGCGAGACAUUCAGAGAAACUGCCAUCAGCCUGGAGCUGUAACAUUUGCCAAGUUGUUUGUACCUGCCAAACAGACUUGAAGAACCACUUAAAGGGCAUAAGACACCGAGAAAAGGUUCAGUCCUUGCUUGAACAAAGCAAGAAAAAGGCAAGCGAUUCUGAAUCACAUAAAUCAAGACUGAAUACCAAACCACCCAUGAAAUGGAGUUGCACCGUUUGCCAGGUACAAGCACCCAGUGAGCAGAACCUACAACAGCAUUACGCUGGGCAGAAGCAUUUGUCAAAUGUGGCAACACUGGUCCCAAGAACUAAGGCAAGUGAUCAGAAGGCGAAAACGGCAGCAGAACCAUAUCUUGGUACAGAGCAGAAGAAAAUAUCGUCGAUAAAAUGGAGUUGCAGUACCUGCCAGGCCAAUGGUAUAUCCCAAUCGACCUUGGAGUCGCAUCUCGAAGGCAAUAGACACCAACUGAACAUCACAGAGGCAAGCGUAGAAGGGGAUAAGAAUGGCAUGCCGAGGAACAUCAUGGUGCAGGAAGGAAAAUCACAUGGCAUCAAUGUGCCGAAGAAUUCAGAGGAGCCACCAUCAGAAUGGAUCUGUAGCAUUUGUCAAGUUUUUUGUACCUGCCAAAUAGACUUGAAGAACCACUUAAAGGGCAUAAGACACCGAGAAAAUGUUCAAUCCUUUCUUGAACAAAACAAGGACAAGGCAAGCAAUUCUGAAUCAUGGAAAUCAAAGUUGAAUCCGGAUUCAAGAUGGAUCUGCAGCAUUUGUCAUGCUCACUGUACAUGUGAAUCAGACCUAGAGAACCAUCUUCGAGGCAAGAGGCACCAGCUGAACAUUCAUGUUCUAAGAGAGAAAAUCAAGCAAGAGAAACGCAACCGCCCACGAAUUGCCAAGAACGAAGAACUACCCUCAGAAUGGAAUUGCAUAAUGUGCGAGGCCAAAUGUAACUCUGAAUCUCAGUUUGAGGGUCAUUGUAGAAGCAGCAGGCACCAACAGAUGAUACAUGCGAUACUUAGGAAAGGCAAGUUUGCGAAAGGGAGCAGUUCGAGGACUGCAAAUGAACUACCUUCUGAUGGCUCUAACGGCACCCGGCUCGGAAAUGGUGGAGAAGCUAGCGGCAAUGUAUUUAUGUGAGUUAUGCAGCUUGAUGUGUGACAGCAGUACAACCCUGCUACACCAUCGUUCGUUCUGGGAAGAAGAACAGGCAAAGCUCAGGGCAAGCAAUGAAAUUUCUUAUUGGAUGUCGGCAAAUGUGGCUUAUCUAGGCAAGGCUACAAAGGGCGACUCUAUCAUGCUUCCGCAUUUGAAUCAAGUGAUGGCUUUGUCAUUCUAUUCGGCUUCAACAGUGGUGCUUUCGUUUCCAAUAAUCAUUCGUAUCGCGAUGUUGAUUGCUUUAGCCAUGGCUUUGAUACCAUUUGUUGCCUUGUUUUUUCAUGCCAAAUAAAGCAUUGGCCCCGAUGAACUGCAAAUGAACUACCUUCCGAUGACUCUGGAAAGUAACAAAAUAUUGGCAAGAGGUGUGCUUCGGUGUCACCCCUCUCCCUUCCACCACCACUAAAGUUGAAAGAAUAAGUUAGCCCACGAAAAAUUAUCGGGAGAUCCUGGCCAUCCACAUGAAACCAAAGUUUGCAAAGGGAGAAACCGAUAUUUGGCAAUCCCGACUGCACUUGAGCACUUUCAGAAAAGGACACUGGAUUCUCGCAAGCCUCUCACAUUUAUCGAAUAUACACUGAUUCGUGUAUUUAUAUAUUCAUUUGUACGACGAAUGAUUACCCUCAUUCGUUUAUACAGAUAGUUUUAGUGUAAGAAAAAUAAGUUUCACCCGUCAAAAAA